CUGAGCUCCUGUGGGUCGUCAGAGCCAUGAAGGCGGCGCGGCUGCUGCUCCUCCUCAGCGGCUGCGCGCUGCUCCUGUUGGCGCCGGAGGUGCGCGGCUGCGGGCCGGGUCGCGUAGUGGGCAGCCGCCGCCGCCCGCCCAGGAAGCUCAUCCCCCUCGCCUACAAGCAGUUCAGCCCCAACGUGCCCGAGAAGACGCUGGGCGCUAGCGGCAGGGACGAGGGCAAGAUCGCCCGCAACUCGGAGCGCUUCAAGGAGCUCACGCCCAACUACAACCCGGACAUCAUCUUCAAAGACGAGGAGAACACCGGCGCCGACCGUCUCAUGACCCAGCGCUGUAAGGACCGCCUAAACUCCCUAGCAAUUUCAGUAAUGAACCAGUGGCCAGGGGUAAAGCUUCGUGUAACAGAAGGCUGGGAUGAAGAUGGACACCACUCAGAGGAGUCCCUGCACUAUGAAGGUCGUGCUGUUGACAUCACCACCUCUGACCGGGACCGCAACAAGUACGGGAUGCUGGCACGCCUGGCUGUGGAGGCUGGUUUUGAUUGGGUCUACUAUGAGUCCAAGGCUCACAUUCACUGUUCUGUUAAAUCAGAGCAUUCAGCAGCAGCAAAGACGGGAGGCUGUUUUCCAGCCCGGGCCCUGGCAACUCUAGAAAGUGGGACCAAGAUUCCAUUGUGGGCCCUGAGGCCCGGGCAGCGGGUCCAAGCCAUGGAUGUGCAAGGCCACCUCGUAUACAGUGAGUUCCUGGCAUUUCUGGAUAAGGCACUCUCAGCACGAACUGCUUUCCACGUCAUUGAGACACAGGACCCGACCCGCCGCUUGGCCCUCACAGCAGCACACCUCCUUUUUGUGGGGGAGAAUGCAACUGCACCCAUGAAGGCUAUUUUUGCCAGCCUGGUCCAGCCAGGCCAAUACGUGCUGGUAACCGAGGGGGGUCAGCUGCAGCCAGCCAGGGUAGCGGCCGUCUCCUUGCAGGUGGAUGUUGGCACCUAUGCUCCCCUCACCAGCCACGGGACUCUAGUGGUGGAUGAAGUGGUGGCCUCUUGUUUUGCUCUGGUGCAGGACCACCACUUGGCCCAGUUGGCUUUCUGGCCCCUGCGACUGUAUCACUACUGGGCAGGGCGUGAGUGGACCCAGCCAGAAGGUGUGCACUGGUACUCUGUCCUGCUUUACCGUCUGGGCCAAAUGUUCCUAGCUUCAGAUAGCUUCCACCAGUUGGCCACAAUGCAGUUUGAGAGCUGAGUUAAUGCUUUCCAUUGCCGCUGAAAUGGGGGGAAACCCAGUUGCCUCCAGUGGCUCUUGGGAGGGACUGCUUGGCAGCCGGAACCCUGAUUGUGGGGGGAAGGUGGGACUGCUGGCUUCCCAUCACCUACACCAAGGGUGGAAGGAAGGCUUUGAUUUUUGUUUCCAAGGGGCCUUCUUUGUGCUUUUGGCUACAGAAGGAAGUGCCGAGUAACAGGGCCAUAUGCUGCUAUUUUGGUUCAAGAGCCUCUGAUGCAAAAAGGAGAGUGAGCCAGAUGGAGGUCCUGAAACCUAGGAUGAAUGAAUGAGGUGGCUGGAAAAUUCUGCAACUCUAUGUGCAGAUGGAGGAAGUACUGUGUGAGUGUAUCUGCAAGGAGGUUCCAGGGAGAGGCUGAGGGUGGUGUUGUGAGACUUUUCCUCCAAAAAGCCUCCUUUUAGGAACUGUACCCUUCCUGGCACUGCUCCUUUGUGGCCAAAGUAGCUAUAUAGGAGACACUCCUAGGAUUCUUGCCCUUGUCAGAACGAGGACAGAAAUGCUUAUUUCCAGCUGAAAGUCUAUCUGAAUCUGGGAGCAAUAAGCACAGGAAUGAAGAAGGGCACAUCAAUUAUGGUAAGGGAAUGGGCAACAGAGAGGGAAGGUUUAUAGGAAAUCAUGUCAUCUUCUCUGGAUCAGUAGAUCACUGGCCCACAGUGAUGGAACCCCUCUGUUUGUCUUCUGCAUUCACUAAUGCAAAUUAAAGAAUCACUCCAUCUAUAAACAUGCACUGAAAGAAGGAAGAGUACAGGGUGGCAUGGGGGAGUAAAAAGUACCCAUUAUCAGCCUGCUUUAAGUAGCCAACCCUAGCUGGAUUCACAAAGGGUGGUUAUUGUAAUAAUAUUAUUUAACCAUUUCACCCAUGUCAACUGGUCUUUAAAAAUUGCCAAGAGGAACACAAUUAGAAAACAGAACUGGGAAUUCUCUGCUUGUGGAAGGACACAUUGAGAGUUGGGGAGGAGAAAUGGAUUGUUUGCUUUUCCAAAGUCUUUCGUUGCUUUCUGAAGGUACAGGAGGGCAGAUGUUUUCUGGGAGCCUAACUUUCUGUUCUUUUGGCAUCCCAAUGAUGGGUACAGGGCAGAGGAUCUGAUAUUUGUGCUUAUGUAAGAACAAGGUCAUUUGCAGAGAAGAAUUGCUUUUUCACUCUGCCAAUCCUUUCUUCUUUGCAUUGGCUUGAUAAAUAUGAAUCUUUCUUUGCCAAGGCAAUGUGGAAUGCCACCUCUAUGACAAUUUUAUGUAUUACGAAUCAAUCAUGCUUCUACAGAGUAUGCCUGAGAUGAACUCAAUUCUAUCUGACAAUCAUUUACAAAACUAUUGUUCUAUAUGCACAUAUGCAUCUGAAAAAACUAGUGAAGUGCUAUGUUUACAUGCAGAAAAAUAAAACUGGUUGCUCAUCCUAUCUAAUGCAACUCACUAUUAAAAGGCUUUCAGCUAUACUGGAAAUCUUCUAUCCUGGAAAAGCAUUAGUUUCUCAAUCUCUCUCUCUCUCUCUUUCUCUGGGUCAAAAAUAUCUAAUGGGUUUUUGGUUCACUAAUAAUUGUUUUUUUGAGGAGUGGUAAGUUUUCAAGUAUACCCAGCAUUUCCCACAUGUAAGUGAAAUUUGUGUUGGAAUUGCCACAUGUAAAAACCAGGUCCCAGAUCCCCCAAUUUAAGCCUCUCUUGAGGAUAUUAUGCUGCGGUGACAUCUUUACACCAGCAAUUGGCCUUCCUCCACCUUUGAUUCUGACAACUAACAUUUUGCUUCUGUGUAGCUAUCAGGGCAGCCCAUUAACUAGCCACCAAGAAUGUGUUUGUUCCUGCCCACAGGGGAACUCCUCAGGCCUCUCCACCACCAUCCCCAAAUCUGACCCCCAUGAGUGGUAGUAGAUGAAAAGGCCUCUCUCUCUCUCUCUCUUUUUUUUUU